UAGUUACAGCACAUAAAUACAGCCGCCGCCUGUUCACGCAGCAUCAGUUCACUCAUUGAGUGCUUGGGAUUGAAUCAGUGACUUCUUGGUUUAUUUGCGCAGAAAUGGCAACAGCUGAAGUUAUUCCAACUCAGAGUGUGGUGGAGAGGGUGGCCAGCCUUCCUCUAGUCAGCUCCACCUAUGGCUUGGUGUCCAGCGUGUACUCCAGCACAAAGGACAACCACCCAUACAUCAGGACCGUGUGCGAGGCUGCAGAGCAAGGAGUCCGCACCAUCACCUCAGUGGCUCUCACCACUGCUUCACCCAUCAUUGACAAACUGGAACCUCAGAUUGCCAUUGCCAAUGACCUUGCCUGUAAAGGUUUGGACAAGAUUGAGAAAACCUUACCAAUCCUUCACCAGCCCUCUGACCAGAUUGUCUCCAAUGCCAAGGAUGUGGUAACCACUGCUAAAGAUGUUGUGACGGGCACAGUGUCCGGCGCCAAGGGCACAGUCUCAGACACACUGACCAACGUUGUGGAGAAAACGCGUGAGGCGGUGCAGGGUGGGGUGGACAAGACCAAAGCUGUUGUCAAUGGGAGCAUGAGCACUGUGCUGGAAAGCAGAGUGGCACGGCUGGUCAGCAGUGGAGUGGACACAGCCCUCAGUACAUCUGAGAGCCUGGUGGAGCAGUAUUUGCCUCUGACGGAGGCUGAGCUGGAGCUGGAGGCAAAAUCUCCGAAAAGCUCUGACAACGAGGAGCCGAGCUACUACGUCCGUCUGGGCUCCCUCUCCACCAAGCUCCGGCAGAGGGCGUACAGCAGAGCCGUGGUUCGGAUACGAGAUGGAAAGCAGCGCUGCGUGGAAUUCAUUUCUGAGCUGAACUCUACUGUUGACCUGAUUCAGAUUGGCAAAAAGAACAUUGGCAGUGCUAACCAGAUGGUAAAUGAGAAGUUGAAUUCCUUGGUGGUGUGGAAGUCCAGUGGUCCAAACCAGCAGAACAGUCAUGAGGCAGAGGUAAUCGAGUCCCGCACCUUGACCCUAGCACGUUCCCUCACGCAGCAGCUCCAGACCACCUGCCUGGUCCUCAUCUCUAGCCUGCAGGGUCUCCCCAACCACAUCCAGCAGGAGGCGCUGUCCCUCAGCCAGUCUGCUUCACAGGUCUACUCCAACUUCAGCAAAGCUAAGAGGCUGGGAGACCUGCCAGACAGUGUGUUGGCCAGCAGCAAAGUCCAACUGAGCAAAAUGAAAGACUCCCUGGACCACGUCAUGGAUUACCUGGUCAACAACACGCCGCUCAACUGGCUGGUGGGACCUUUCUAUCCACGGAUGGCUCCCAAUGCCACUCCCACACAGGCCUCUGAAGACAUCAGCAGACACACAUCCUUCAGCUCUUCUUCUGCACAGGAACACAGGGAGGAGCCCAUGGAGGUGGAGAUGGAAACCCUGCAGUGAUCCAUUAUAUUUAAAGCUUAGUAUGCUGAAUUUUGUGGCAACAUUUGAGACAGCUUUGUUUGCACAUUUGUACCAAUUUUAUAAAUGCCAUAAAUGCUUUAGGAUGUAGAACUUGCAGUAUUUAGUUGCACAUUAACCAGAAUGUAAUUUUAUGCAUUUUCAUAAUUCAGAUCUCAGAUGUGGAAAACAAAUAAACCUGUGCCUAUUCCUGCA